UUUUUUUUUUAUUUUUUUUAUUUUCAUUUUAUUAUAACAUCUCCCCCUUUUUGUUUUUUUUCCUUGAAUCGUUUCUUUUUUUUAUAUCAAGAAAAAAAAGUAAGAAUUAAACGAUUCGUACCAUUCUUUUUUUCUGUAUUUGUUUAACAAAUAAUGCUAUUUAACCUUUAAGCAUUUUUCACACCGCUACAUAUUACAUUCUAUUAUCAAUAUUUUUAUAGACAUAAGCCAUGAGCCAUCAAUCCAUGUCAAUCAAUCAAAUCUUACAACCAAAAGAAGCUACAAAAGAUAAAAGCAAAUUUAAAGCAAAAGUCAAGAUCUUUUAUAUAGUCAAAGGAUCAGAUACGCACUGUUUAUGCACAUUUGACAUUACACUAGAAGAUUUUAAAGAUAAGAAAUGGGUCAGUAUACCCUUAAGACAAUGCCUAACUACCGUCUGCUCUUCAUGCCCGGAUCAGUUGAUGAGCAGUAAUAUGGCUAUUUACAGUGCUAAUUUUGAAGAGAGCCUUACUGUUGAAAACUGGUCACCUUUACAUGACUCUCAAUCCAACAUCAUAUGGGAAGGACAUGGUGUUCUUUCUAGCAUUUUGAAUGAUGAAGACAAUGGAGCAAAAGUGACAGGCAAAAUUACUGAUUCAAGCAAUACAAAUCAGUACGACUGUUUUGUUGAAGUUUUAAUACAAUUACAUCCUAUUCGACAUUCUCCUAUACUCCACUCAGCAGAAAAUCAAACUUAUCUCCCACCUAUGCGCUCUAUCUGGUCCGAAUCUAUGAACCAAAAUUAUUCUCCUCCUCCUCAUUCUUUAGCAAGUACAAAUACAAGCUCUUCUUCUCCUCCCAUGAUAGACAUGUUGCAAUCACAAUUAGCUCACCGACAUCACAAUUCAUCUCCUCGCCAACAAACAUACAUGCCACCAAGGGACGAUACCCAACGUUUAUCCUCUUUCCCUUCUACUCCUCUUCCAAGUAACUAUAAAGAAAGCACUCCUCAGCAUCAUAACUGGCCUGGUAGUCAUUAUGAUACAAGUGGUUUUGAUCAUCAAGAGAUGAUUAAGAGAAGAAAGUUAUCUUCUCCUGCUUCUUCCCAUUUAUAUUUCCACAACAAUAAUAAUCACAAUAACAACGGUAACCAUAAUAUUCUAACAAAAAGAACCCACCAGCAUCAUAACCAUUUGAGUCAACAUUCACCUACAGUAAAAGUACCUAAUAAUAUCUCUCCUAUGAUCUCCACAAGACUUACGCCAACCACAACCGAUACAUAUUAUCAUCAAUCAAGAAGAAAGAAGCGCGAUACUAAACCUCCAAAUGCAAAUGAUAUUCGUCCUUUUGUUGAAGUUGAACGAGCUGUAGAUGGCAGCUAUAUCUUGCCUGCCGAAGUUGAUUCUUGGACUGUUCUUAAUCUAGGUACUGUUGUUUGGGACAAGGCUGCUUUCCAUAACCAAAGAUACAUUUAUCCUGUCGGCUAUCGUGUCAAAAAAUGGUACCGUAGUAUGGUUGAUCCUCAUAGUGAUACCCAGUAUACCUGCGAAAUUCUUGAUGGUGGCGACGAGCCUAUCUUUCAACUGAAUGCAGAUGACAACCCAACUGAAUGUUGGAGAGGACCUACGCCCACUACUGUAUGGACCAUCGCUGUCAGAAGGGCGUUUGCUAUUCGUAAUAUGGACUAUGGCCAUAAUCCUGUUGGCCCAGACUUCUUUGGUCUUCGAAAAAACACGAUUGCUAAAAUGAUUCAAGACUUACCAGACGCUGACAAGUGCAAAAAUUAUAUUUGGCAAAACUUUGAAGUUAUGAGUAGCAACAAAGGCAAAUCUGUCAGAAGAACUAAUACAAGGAUUAUACCUAGUAUUUCAACACAUUCUGGAAAGUCUAACAAGGAAGAUAGCGCCUCAUCCAACAAUACUGACGACGCCGACGGCGAUGAAUAAUUAUGUUUUAUAUACUCUCUUUUUUUCUCUCCAUCUUUAUUGUGUAAUUAUUAUGCCCUUCUAUUUGUUAUAGCUAAAAAAAGAAAAGGACAAUUCUUCAUAUAUAUAUAAGAAAAAGACUGUGUCUUUAUCAUGGUUAUUUACUAGAAUACAUCCUUUAUUAUCUAUCCGUACACAUAUAUUUAAUAUGCAAACACACAUACACUUUCCCUCUUCUUUUCUUAUACAUACAUACAUACAUACAUACAUACAUACAU